AUGGAGGAGCAGGAUGGCCUGGACGCUUACGCAGCACCCUGCCUCCUCUACAGCGAGCUGGCAGCCAGAGCGGGGAGGAGGGUGCUGCUGCCGCGCGCCGCGACGCUGCUGCACGCGCGGCUGGGCGGCGGCGAGAGGCCGCAGGAACCUGUCGGUGGCAGCAGCGGCGGCGGCGGCGGCAGCGGUGGCGCGGCGCGGGCGGCGGCGCUGGCGCUGCCGGAGGGCGGGCUCAAUCGGAUGACCUGCCCGUGCCUGCUGCUUUUAGUUUGUCAGUCGCACCCCGACAUCGAUGUCUUCAGCCCCAGCAGCGCCGCACGCGAGGCAGAGGGCGUCACCGCCCCCGGCGGCAAAGGCGGCAGCGGAGCGCGGGGGCGCGAGAAGCGGCUGCGGCGCUUCCACGCGCGGCUGCUGCCGCCCAAGGCGCUAACCGGGGACCCGACGGCCAGGGGCGGCCUGUUCGGCCUGCUGGCAAGCGGCGGCGGCGACGGCGGCGGCGGCAGCGACGGCCGUGAGCGGCGGGAGGUCUGGUGGGCGUGCGUGCCGCUGCAGGCGGCUGCCGAAGGACCCGCAGCCGGUGGCGGCGUCAAGGGCGCCGCGGCCGCCGCGGCACGGGAGGCGGCCGGGCGGCUCGUGCCCGGUGCGCUGGGGUUUGAGCCCGCGCCCACGCCCGCCGCGCCAGCCGCGGCCGCUGGGCCCACGCCCGGCGCCAAGCGGCCGCGAGGGCCGGUCACACCGGGCGGCGGCGGCGGGGGCGGCGGCGGCGGCACUCUGAGGGCAGUUAAGAAGCCGCGAAUGGAGGCGGCGGAUGUGAUUGUCCUGGACUGCACCUCGAGCGAUGAAGAUUCGGAGGUUGACGAUCACCUUGACGCUUGCAGUGAAGGGGAGCAGGAAGGCGGCCCCGCGCCCGGCCCGGGCGCGCCGGCGGCGGCGGCGGCGGCGCUGGUGUUGUCGCCGCUCGUCCCGGCGGCGGGCGAGGCAGCGGGGCCGGCGGCCGCGUACACGACGGCAUGUCGCGGCGCGCUCGAGGUGCGGCUGCGCUUGAAUGUCGAGCGGGCGGCCGCGCCGGCUCCGCCGGCGCGAGGCGCGGCAGCUGCCGUGCAGCUGCCGCCGGGGCCCAUCGAGUUCAGCUUCCUGCGGAACGGCGGGCUGGCCAAGCCGAUUUUCGGGGCCGCGCCUGGCGGCUGCGGCGGCGGGGCGGACGUGCGGGCCAUGCUGCUGGGCCGAGCGCGGGCAGCCGCGAGCGUCGCAGCUGCCGCGGACAACGCGCGGGACGCGGCGCCGCGGCGGCACCGCGCGCGGCGCGAGGCGCUGCGCCUGGCCGCGCCGGGCGCCGCCUGCCCGGUCUGCGGCGUCGCGACACGCGGCGCCGCGGCGAUGGCGGCGCACUUUGCGGCCAGCCACGACCGGCUAGUCAUCCUCCCUCACGGCGGCGGCGGUGGCAGCAGCGGCAGCAGCAGCAGUGGGGGCGCAAGGCGAGGAGGCGAUGGCGGAGGCCGAGGCGCGGGCGAUGGAAGCCAGGGGGGCAUGUUGGUGGUGGGAGUGGCGGCGGACGCAUAUGAUGAGUCGGGCGUGUUUGUGCUGCCGAGCGCGGAGGCGGCGGAGCUGGCUGACGCGGCGAAUAAGCUCAAUUCUAGGGACCUCCGGGACCUCCUGUCCGCCCCCUGCGCAGCUUCGCCCCUGGAAGCCGCCUUCAUGCACGCCUGGAACGCCUGGCGCCGCGCCCGCGCCCCCCGCGCCCGCGACGGCACCGCCGCCGCCGCGCUGCGGCGCUUUGCGUCCGAGGCGCUGCCGGCGCUGGAGGCGGCGCGCGGCGUCGGCGCGGGGCGCGUGUUUGUGGCGCAUUGCCUGCAGAUGGUAGAGAGAGGGCUGGUGCGGCCGCAGGAGGCAAGCGCCAUUCUGGGUGACCUGCGCAGGCGCGCGGGGGGUGGCGGCCCAGGCGGUCCUGGCGGGGUUGGUGGCAGGGGGGGCGGCGGCGGUGCAGGCGGCGGGACAGGGGGAGGCCCGGGGCCUGCGUCGCCAGCGAGCGCGGGCGGCGGCGGCGGCGGCGCCGAACCCGGCGCCGCGCCUGGAACCAGUGCGGGCGACGGCGGCGGCGGCGGCGGCGGCAACGCCGGGCCCACGAGCAGUGCGGGCGGCCGCGGCGACGGGGGCGGCGGCGGAGGUGGAGGCAGGAGCGCUGGCGGGCUUGGCGGCGGGAGCGCCCGUGACGCGAUGGACGGGGACCCGCCGACGGCGCAACACCAGCAGCAGCAGCAACAGCAUCAGCAGCAGCAGCAGCAGCAGCAGCAGCAGCAGCAGCAGCAGCAGCAGGAGGAGCGGCGGCGGCGGCAGCAGCAGCAGUAG